GGCCAACCCGGGCGCCAUGCACCACCAGCGGGUGCUGAUCAACAUCUCGGGGCUGCGCUUCGAGACGCAGCUGGGCACCCUCAACCAGUUCCCGGACACGCUGCUGGGCGACCCCGACAAGCGCAUUCGCUACUUCGACCCGCUCCGCAACGAGUACUUCUUCGACCGCAACCGGCCCAGCUUCGACGGCAUCCUCUACUUCUACCAGUCCGGGGGCAAGCUCCGCCGGCCCGUCAAUGUCUCCAUCGACGUGUUCGCCGACGAGAUCCGCUUCUACCAGCUGGGUGAGGAGGCCAUGGAGCGCUUCCGAGAGGACGAGGGCUUCAUCAAAGAGGAGGAGAAGCCCCUGCCCCGCAAUGAGUUCCAGCGCCAGGUCUGGCUCAUCUUUGAGUACCCCGAGAGCUCCAGCUCAGCCCGGGCCAUCGCCAUCGUCUCCGUGCUGGUCAUCCUCAUCUCCAUCAUCACCUUCUGCCUGGAGACCCUGCCCGAGUUCAGGGACGAGAGGGAGAUGCCCGUGCCCUUGCCCCCACAAGGCGGAGGUUUGAAUGGCACUCCCGGGGACUCCCCACCCAUGCAGCCUGCCAGCAGCCUGGCUGACCCCUUCUUCAUCAUCGAGACCACCUGUGUGAUCUGGUUCACCUUCGAGCUCCUCGUGCGCUUCUUCGCCUGCCCCAGCAAGCCCGAGUUCUCCCGCAACAUCAUGAACAUCAUCGACAUCGUGGCCAUCAUCCCCUACUUCAUCACCCUGGGCACCGAGCUGGCCCACGAGCAGCAGCAGCCCGGGGCUGGCAGCAGCAAUGGGGGUGGGGGCCAGCAGCAAGCCAUGUCCCUGCCAUCCUUAGAGUCAUCCGCCAUCCUCAGAGUCAUCCGCCUGGUCAGGGUCUUCAGGAUUUUCAAGCUCUCCAGGCACUCCAAGGGGCUGCAGAUCUUGGGACAGACGCUGAAAGCCAGCAUGAGGGAGCUGGGCCUCCUCAUCUUCUUCCUCUUCAUCGGGGUGAUCCUCUUCUCCAGCGCUGUCUACUUUGCUAGGCCGAUGACAGAGACUGAUGACCCCGACUCGCUGUUCACCAGCAUCCCAGAUGCUUUCUGGUGGGCGGUGGUGUCCAUGACCACCGUGGGCUAUGGGGACAUGUAUCCCAUGACCAUUGGUGGCAAAAUCGUGGGCUCCUUGUGUGCCAUUGCUGGUGUGCUGACCAUUGCCCUGCCUGUCCCUGUCAUCGUGUCCAACUUCAACUACUUCUACCACCGAGAGACUGACCACGAAGAGCAGUGCCAGUACACCCACGUCACCUGUGGCCAGCAACAGUCACCCUUCUCUGAGCCCAAGAAGGGGGACAGUAACCAGUCCCUCAGCAAAUCUGAAUUCCUGGAAGCAGAAGACCUGGAGUCCAUGAAAUAUUCCAACUUCAUUCCUCCCAAUAACCAGGGAUAUAAAGAGAAGAAAAUGCUGACAGAGGUGUGAUGGGUUUUGUUGUCCUGGGUCCAGACACGGAGCUGCAAGCUGCUGUUACAGUUGUCUUCCUACAAGCAGCUGGAUCUAUUCAGCAUUUACAUGCCAGACUGUGAAUUGUGAUACCGUAAACAGAAUGAUUGUGAUAAUGGGCUCUUCUGGCCUGAUUUGCUGUUUCUCAUUACUGUGUGCAGCCAGAAAUGUUCUUGCUUUAUUCCGUGGAGUGCUAGCUGUCAUCCCCACUCCCUUGUGCAUUUCUUUCUCUGCUUUUGGUGACUGCUUUAAUCCAACAUUUGCUCCGAAACCAAGUCUUGUUACUCCACCAGCAGAGAAGCCCUUGCCACUACUUCAGCAGAAGCAUUCAGCAGAGUAAACAGUUAAAGGGGCUACAAACAUCUGGCUGGAGCUGUGCUCUCAGCCCCUGUGCCAGCGCAGUGCCCUUGGCUGGGAUCAGUCACGCCUGCCAUGCCAUUGCCUUUGAAUAAUGGAAACGCUGCAGCCAGGAUCACAGGGAGCUCUGCAGCUGUAGGGGAAAGCCAGUAGAUGCCUGCCUUCUUUGCAACCCUUGGCAUGCUAAAAGACCCUCCUGUUUUGUGUUUAAAAAAAAAAAAAAGGAAAAAGGUGCAUAGAUCUAAAAGCUCUUUGCUACUUGUGACCAUACAUCAUGUAUCAAAAACAGGCUUUAAGCAGUCAACAGGCUUGGUGAAGAUUCUCUGUGUUUUGAGCUUAUCUCAGCCUUAUUUAUGCCAGUGCCCUGAUGUUAAUUGGCUUUUAUAGUACCAACUUAAUCUUCAUAGUGGUAAGUGCCUUCUGAUGCAAGGCAUGUUUUGAGUAAAUUCGUUUGUUGUCUGCAGAGUUCAUCUUCACACAAUAGCAUUUAAUGAGAUGUGCUUUGUGCUCCAGAUACCCAGCUCUGUAUUCGGGCAUGUGAGAGCAGUUGACUCCGCUGCUUUUUUUUAAUUGAGCUGCGAUUUGUGUCGCUGAGGGAAGUUUGCAUGUUGGCGUUCUGUUGACGUGGCAGAAGAAUCCUGACCACAGACAGCUCUGCACCUGUGCUGUGCGAGGAUCGUGCUGCUUUAGCAAGUCACAGGCAUAAAAUGCCCCAGGGUGAGUGUGUCAACAUUUGAAGCUGAGACUGGCACAGAUACAAACUUCCCUAAGCUGUCUGCACAAAGCCAGCAGCAUCCGUAGAAUGAGGGGAGAAACAGCAAGCCCCGAAGAGAUGCUUUUGCUGCAUUGCUGGCCUGGCCAGUUCCUGGUAUUUCAUGGAUAGGAGGGACAGCAGUGUUUUUCACUUGGUUUUAUGAGAGCAAUUUGUGCCAGCCAUGCAAAAUAUGCAUAGCUUGGCCUGCAGCACCGGGUUUGCCAAGGGACCAGAGAUUUCUAUCUUCAAAUACAUGUUCUGCUUGCCAGAUCAUUUCAUUAGUUUCAGUCAGCUCUGCCUUACACCUAACUUUAAAAAUGCUUCAAAUGUU